GGUAACGCUAACGCUAAUCUAGCGCGCUCUGUUUUCCUUCUCAGAAAGGCAAAGCAAAAGUUGCGAGACAGAGAAAGCUAAAAAGAGAUCUCCGUGAGAGACUCUUCCAAUUCCAGUCUUACGGAAUCUGUUAUCACCGUCAGCUCUAUUGACCCACUUCCUCCUUGUCAACCCGAUCUCUCCUUGCCUUCUUCUUCUCCCCCCUAGAUCCACUCUUCUCUACACGCUUUUGAUUCAGAACCCAUCAAAACCAUAACAAAAGAAUCUGAAAAACAGAGUCAACUGGUUAUCUCAAUUUCCAUCAAAACCGAAAUCGAUUUGGGAAAGUAGGCGUGUCCCAUUCAGAUUCAGUGAAUACCCAGUUGCUGAUCAUAGACGUAGAUACUGUGAGAAAAACUAUAUAAAUAUAUAUAUAUAUAUAUAUGGCACCCAGCACAAUUCGCAAGGCAAUCGGCGCUGUCAAAGACCAAACCAGCAUAAGCAUAGCUAAAGUCGCCGGCAAUAUCGCUCCGGACCUUGAAGUUCUCGUCGUCAAAGCCACGAGCCACGACGAAGAUCCCGCCGACGAGAAGUACAUUCGGGAAAUCAUAAACCUGACGUGCUAUUCGCGAGGCUAUGUCGGUGCUUGCAUCGCUACAUUAUCGAAGCGUCUGAGCAAAACCCAUGAUUGGAUCGUCGCCGUCAAGGCUUUGAUGCUCGUCCACAGGCUUUUGGUUGAUGGGCACCCUUCGUUCGAGGAAGAGAUCGUGUUUGCCACAAGGAGAGGGAUGAGGGUCUUGAACAUGUCCGAUUUCAGAGAUGAAGCGCAUUCCAAUUCCUGGGACCAUGCCGGUUUCGUGAGACUUUAUGCCAUGUAUCUCGAUGAGAAGGUGGAGAAUGUGGUUCACGAGAAGAAAUCGAGGGGUGGCGAUGGAAGAUUCGAGGAGAGAGAUGGUGAUGAAUUUGAUUCUGGGAUGUCAAGGAGGUCGAGGUCUUAUGGCGAUUUGAAUGAGUCGUCUGUGGGAAGAGAACAGAGAAGAAAGGCUACCCCAUUGAGGGAAAUGAGACCCGAGACUGUAUUAGGGAAGCUGAACCAGUUGCUGAGGAUUCUUGAUCGGAUUCUUGCUUGUAAGCCGGCCGGUGCUGCGAAAAACAGCAGGUUGGUGAUCGUUGCGCUUUACCAGGUUUUGAGAGAGAGUUUUAGAACAUACGUUGAGAUAUGCGAGGCACUGGGGAUAUUGUUGGAUCGAUUUACUGAGAUGGAGUAUGCUGAUUGUGUAAAGGCCUUUGAUACUUAUGUUAGUGCGGCGAAAAUGAUUGAUGAACUUGUGGGGUUCUAUGGUUGGUGCAAGGAUAUGGGGAUUGCUAGGUCGUCUGAAUACCCAGAAGUGCAGAGGAUAACUGAUAAGCUCUUGGGGACCCUUGAGGGUUUCUUGAAGGAGAUGACUAAGAGGUCCAAGAGUCCUGAGAGAAGUAGAGAAGAUCAGCGACCAGUUGUGGAUGAACCAGUACAGGAUAUGAACGAGGUCAAGGCUCUACCUCCACCGGAGAAUUAUACUCCUCCACCGCAACCUGAAUUGCCACCGAAGCCACAGCAGACUCAGAAGGAGACAGAGGACUUGGUGAAUCUGAGAGAUGAUGGAGUUUCAGCUGAUGAGCAAGGCAACAAAUUGGCUCUGGCUUUGUUUUCUGGUCCUGCUAAAACUAAUACAAAUGGGACUUGGGAAGCUUUCCCUUCAAAUGGAGAGCCUGAGGUGACCUCGGCAUGGCAGACCCCAGCUGCUGAAACUGGGAAAGCAGACUGGGAAUUGGCAUUGGUAGAGUCAGCUAGUAAUCUAUCAAGGCAAAAGGCGGAUUUGGGUGGUGGGCUUGAUCCAUUGCUGCUGAAUGGAAUGUAUGAUCAAGGGGCAGUGAGGCAGCAUGUGAGCACCACACAGCUGAGCGGUGGGAGUGCUAGCAGUGUGGCAUUGGCUGGACCAGGAGGCAAGAGUGCUACGCCUGUGCUGGCGCUGCCGGCGCCGGAUGGGACGGUGCAAGCAGUGGGACCACAGGACCCAUUUGCUGCUUCACUCACUGUGCCUCCUCCAUCAUAUGUUCAGAUUGCAGAGAUGGAGAAGAAGCAGCAAUUUCUGGUGCAGGAACAGCAGCUUUGGCAGCAGUAUGGAAGGGAUGGGAUGCAAGGGCAAGUUGCUUUGGCAAAAAUUGCUGGUGGGUCUGGCUUUUAUGGUCCUAAUCCGCUGCAAAAUAUGCCUUACGGAAUGCCAAACAUUAGCAGCAUGGGUGGUCAGCCUGGAGGAUACUACUAUGCACCUUACUAAUAAUAAAUUUCUGGCUGCAUUUCGAGCAGCCCUUUUUUUUUUUUUUCAAGGUGCAGAUACCUAUAUACUUUUUUUCAAGGUGCAGAUACCUAUAUACGAUAUAAGUAGAUAUGUUUUCUUUUUUGGAUAAAUGGUGUUGCCAAUACCUAUUUUGUUGCCUUCUUUGCUAUUGGGCUUAAUUUCGUACUUAAAAAUUGCUGAAGUAUGUUUUGAAACAGAGUCUGAAAUGUUACAAACUUGAGCGAAAUAUUUGUUGGUAUUAUUCCAUGUAAUUUUGGUAAGGAUGUGCAACCAUAAGCUUUUGUAUUCUAAACUCUUUUUCAGCCUCCAUUGAUAUUGCCCUUGAAGGAUUCUUGUGGAAUGCAAAAAUGUUUCCUCAAGAGUUUGCUUUGAGAAAAACUAGUCUAAUUCUCUUGGCAUGGAUGUCAACGAAUUGAAGCGAAGAUUCACCUCGUGUUUCUAUGCUUAACCGGUUGACAAUGUAGAGUAUUUUAUAUUUUUACCAAAAGAAAAUAUGUAUUUUAUGCAAUGAAUUUAUUUAUUUAUUUUA